AUGGCGCUGCCCGGGGACCCCGCGGCGGCCCCGGCGUUGCGGCGCUUCACCUGGGAGGAGAUCGGGGAGCGCAACGGCCGCGGGCAGGCGCCGCAGGAGCGAUGGCUGGUGAUCGAGAGGAAGGUGUACGACAUCAGCCACUUCUGCCGGAGGCACCCAGGAGGGGCCCGUCUCAUCUCUAGCCACGCCGGGCAGGACGCCACGGAUGCCUUUGUAGCAUUCCAUGUUGACAAGGCACUGGUGAGCAAGUACUUGAAGCCACUGCAGAUUGGAGAGCUGGCACCAGAUCAACCCAGUAUUGAGCCCACUAAAAAUAAAGUGCUGGUGAAAGACUUCCGUGAAUUGCGUGCUACUGUUGAGAAAAUGGGACUUCUGGAGCCAAAUCAACUCUUCUUCUUCCUGCUCCUCGCUCACAUCCUCCUGUUGGAUACUGCUGCUUGGCUCAUCCUCUUCUACUUUGGGACAUCAUUAAUGCCCUUUGUUGCCUCUCUGGUGGUGCUGACCAUUUCCCAGGUCCAGGCUUCAUGGUUACAACACGAUUUAGGACAUCUUUCAGUAUUCAGGGAGACCAAGUGGAAUCACUUGCUGCAUAAGUUUGUGAUGUGUCAUUUAAUUGGGGCAUCAGCCAAAUGGUGGACUCUUCUGCACUCCCAGCACCAUGCGAAACCCAACUGCUUCCAGAAAGAUCCUGAUAUUGAUAUGCACCCUUUCCUGUUUACUUUGGGGAAGAAGUUAUCUGUGGAGCUUGGGAUCAAAAAGAAAAAAUACAUGCCAUACAAUCACCAACACAAAUACUUCUUCAUCACUCUGCCUCCACUCCUGUUUCCCACCUACUUCCACUACCACACGUUUUAUAUCGCAUACACAAAAAGGUACUGGGCGGACUUGGCCUGGAUGCUGACCUUCUACAUCAGAUUCUUUUUUAUUUAUGGAUCAUUAUUAGAAAUAAAGAGUCUCGUGGCAUAUUAUUUUAUAUUCAGGAUGAUGGAGAGCAGCUGGUUUGUCUGGGUUUCACAGAUGAACCAUAUCCCUAUGGAUAUUUAUUAUGACAAGAAUUUGGACUGGAUGUCUACUCAGCUCCAGGCCACAUGCAAUGUUGAGCAGUCCCUGUUCAAUGACUGGUUUACUGGGCAUCUGAACUUCCAGAUUGAACAUCACCUGUUCCCCACAAUGCCAAGACACAACUACUGGAAGGUGGCUCCUCUGGUGAAGUCCUUGUGUGCCAAACAUGGCAUAGAGUACCAAUGCAAGCCAUUGCUCACAGCUUUUGCAGACAUUGUGCACUCUCUGAAGAGCUCAGGAGAGCUCUGGCUUGAUGCCUACCUACACAAAUAAAAAGACAAGGCUUGAUGGUACCAAUCACAGCCUGCCACAUCUUUGCAUUCCCAGCAAGUUGAGGACCAGGGACCACAAGGGACUCUAUGGCAGAAGAAAAUGGAUAAGA